CGCCGAGUACCCUCUUUGCCGACACGUUUCCUUGUUUGUGCGUCUGCUCCCAAUGAAAAGAAUGGAGGAAGGAGGAAAAAAAUAACAAGUAGCUCCCAUCGCCUUCUCCCACGCCAACACGCCAAGGGACAAGCGGGGAGAACGUUGAAAAAGGUCCCCUUUUAGUCUCCUUAGACGGUUAGCUUAUCACGCGGCUGGCUAGCCGUUCGCUCCGCAGCUAGCCGGCUCGCCUCGGCAUCCGUGUCCGCUCAGAGCGCCGCCGCGGUCGGACUCCGAGGGCAGCCGACCCCGCCGCCGCCCGCGACGACCGAGAAGCUCGGAUAUGGAAUGGUGCAUGCCGCCGGGCCAAGUGUGCUGCCAUUGAAUACAAGCGGAAUCAUGGACACGCAUCCACUGUGCACGCGGCUUUGUCCGCACGCUCUGGACAAAGAGGACGGCGGCGCCGAGAGACAGGGGGCGCUCACGCUCAACCCUCGACACAUGAGGAAGGCCUUCAAAGUCAUGAACGAGUUGCGCAGCCAAAACCUGUUGUGCGACGUGACCAUCGUGGCAGAGGACGUGGAGAUUGCCGCUCACCGCGUGGUGCUGGCCGCCGGGAGCCCGUAUUUUCACGCCAUGUUCACAGGCGAGAUGGCGGAGAGUCGGGCCAAGCGCGUGAGGAUCAAGGAGAUGGACGGCUGGACGCUGGGACUCUUGGUGGAUUACAUCUACACGGCCGAGAUUCAAGUCACGGAAGAUAACGUGCAGGCGGUGCUCCCGGCGGCGGGUUUGCUACAACUGAACGAGGUGAGGAAGGCGUGCUGCGACUUCUUGAGCUCCCAGCUGCACCCGUCCAACUGUCUGGGCAUCCGAGCAUUCGCCGACCUGCACGCCUGCUCGCAACUGCUCACGCAGGCCAACUGCUAUGCAGAACAACAUUUCACAGAAGUGGUAGGCAGCGAGGAGUUCCUCAAUCUGGGCAUGGAGCAGGUUUCCAGCCUCAUCGCCAGCGACAAACUCACCAUUCCCACUGAGGAGAAGGUCUUUGAGUCUGUUGUGGCGUGGGUCAAUCACGACAAAGACGUGCGCCAGGAGCACCUGGCCCACCUCAUGGAGCACGUGCGCCUGCCUCUUCUCACCCGGGAAUAUCUGGUGCAGCGCGUGGAGGAGGAGUCCCUGAUCAAAAACAGCAGCGCCUGUAAGGAUUACUUGAUCGAGGCCAUGAAGUACCAUCUGCUGCCGGCCGAGCAGCGGGCGCUCAUCAAGACGGCGCGCACUCGUGCGCGCACCCCCGCCCGCUGCCCCAAGGUGAUGGUGGUGGUGGGCGGCCAAGCGCCCAAGGCCAUCCGCAGCGUGGAGUGUUACGACUUCGAGGAACGGCGCUGGUACCAGGUGGCCGAGUUGCCCACGCGCAGGUGCAGAGCGGGUGUGGUGUCGGUGGGGACGUGCGUGUACGCGGUGGGGGGUUUCAACGGUUCCCUGCGCGUGCGGACGGUGGACUCGUACGACCCGGCUGCUGACCGCUGGAGCGGCGCGGCCAGCAUGCAGGACCGCCGAUCCACGCUGGGGGCCGCCGUGCUCAACGGACUCCUCUACGCCGUCGGCGGCUUCGACGGCAGCACCGGCCUAUCCACAGUGGAGGCGUACAACGCCAAGACGGACGAGUGGUUCCACGUCUUGCCCAUGAGCACGCGACGGAGCAGCGUGGGAGUUGGGGUGCUUAAUGGGAUGUUGUACGCGGUGGGCGGUUACGACGGCGCCACUCGCCAAUGCCUGAGCACGGUGGAGGCCUACGACCCCAAAAGCAACACGUGGAGCUACAUCGCCGAGAUGGGCACGCGACGCAGCGGCGCCGGCGUGGGCGUGCUGAAAGGGCGGCUGUACGCCGCCGGAGGGCACGACGGGCCCUUGGUGCGCAAGAGCUGCGAAGUCUACGACCCGGCCUCCGACAGCUGGCGCCAGGUGGCCGACAUGAACGUGUGUCGCCGCAACGCCGGUGUGUGCGCCGUGGACAACCUGCUCUACGUGGUGGGCGGCGACGACGGCAGCUGCAACCUGGCCUCGGUGGAGUUCUACAACCCCACCUCCGACAAGUGGACGCUGCUGCCGAGCUGCAUGAGCACGGGACGCAGUUACGCAGGCGUGACCGUGAUCGACAAGCCCUUAUGACCAUCCGCCGGCGCCGCCGAUUAGAAGCUGAACUUGCCGAAGAACCGGGCGAGACCCGUCGCCGGUCCGGACGCGACGUUCGUACACCGAAAGGAUGUCGGUGAGCGCCGGGAUUUUUUUAGCGGUGGACGCUCGAGAAGCCGCCUGAGAGGCGCUAGCAAGCGCCGAGCACUAACGUUUACGAGAGGAAAGCGGGACCUCGGAUAGCUUCUCGUCGAUCGUGCGCUCUUUUUGCGUGGACUGCUACAGGAGUGGUGUUAAACGGGCGGCCCGGGGACCAGUUUCGGCCCGCCGAAGUCCAUUGCGUGCAUCCGCUUCAUUUUCGCAAAAAAUAUAAUUGAUGCUAAGUUUCCGCAGUCUCAGAAGAGGAGAAUGAAUAAUUUUUUUUCCCCCACCCAGUUUUUAAUGAAAUAAAUAUAAAAAAAUAAAGAGGAUAUUUACUGUUUAUUCUUUUGUUGUUUUUAAAAAUGAAAUGCAAAAAGAGAAUGUUUGCCACUUUUUUCUUUUAUUAAAAAUUGUAAAUAAAUUAAAUAUUAUUAUUGUUUUUUUUUCUCGUUUUAAUUUUUCUUUAAAAAUUACCGUUUACUUGUUCUGGAAAAAAAGAUGAAAAAAAAUUUUAAAUAAGAAUUUUUCAUUUUUUCCCCCCGUUUUUUAAAAACAUUUCAGAAGUAAAAAAUAGAAUAUAUACUAUUUGUUUUUUGUUUUUUUAAAUUCAUAGAUGAAAGAAUGUUAACCCCCUCUUACAAAAAUAUUUAAAGACAAAUACAAAUUUAUGUCAUAUACAGCAAAUUAAAAUUAAUAAUACCAAAUAAAAACUAACAAAGACUAAAAAUUUCACGUAUAAUUUUACUUAAAAUUGUUAAGUUUGAUAUUAAUCAGUUUUUUUGAGGGGGCAGUAAGAAAAUAGAACCUUGCUCAAAAUUCAUGUAUCAAAUAUAACACGUAUGCACACAUAGGGAUGAAAAGGCUUGUCUUUUUUUUUUAAAUUAAAAAUGUAAAAUUGUGUUUUAGUUCACUGCCAACCCUCCCACUUCAAAAUGGAAAAAAAAAAUAUUGACAUCAGUUUAAAAGUAUAUACAUAAAGCAUUGGAGGGAUACAUAAAAAAGUUCUAAAUUAAUAAAAGAAAAUUAAAAAACCGCUAAUAUU